AUGCCAGAUAAGGAACUCAACUAUAUAGUUUCGCACGAGGCUGCCGGCUCUGAUGAAAAGAAUACCGGAGUUACCGUCGACGUUUUUACAUAUGGUGACCAAAACGAACCAGGCUUAAGCCGUUGGGGUCGAUUUGUAGAUUCAUUCAAAAGAUAUGACAUGGAAAAGUUGGGAAUUGACCCCAACUUGUCCGAAUUGGAGAAAGCCGCAGUUAUGACUGCCAAUUCUCCUCUUAAGCGUACGUUAAAGAACAGACAUUUACAAAUGAUUGCAAUUGGUGGUGCCAUUGGUACUGGAUUAUUCGUUGGUUCUGGUAAGAGGUUGAGUACUGGUGGGCCAGCAGGUAUCUUGAUUGGUUAUUCUUUGAUUGGUACUAUGAUUUACGCUACCUGUCAAGCACUUGGUGAGCUUGCGGUAACUUUCCCAGUCUCAGGUGCAUUUGUUAUUUACAAUACCCGUUUCAUUGAUCCAUCUUGGGGGUUUGCCAUGGCAUGGAAUUAUGCUUUUGGUUGGCUCAUUACCCUUCCUAUUGAACUUGUUGCGGCUACUAUGACUGUGAGAUAUUGGGAUAGUCACACUAAUCCUGCAGCUUUUGUGAGUAUAUUUUAUGUUGUGGUCUGUUUCAUUAAUCUCUUUGGUGCUCGUGGGUAUGGUGAAGCAGAAUUUGUCUUUUCCAUUAUCAAAGUUACUGCCAUUGUGGGUUUUAUUUUGUUUGGCAUAAUUGUUGUUUCUGGAGGUGGUCCAACACACGAAUACAUCGGAGCUCGUUACUUCUAUCAUCCUGGAGCUUUUGCCAAUGGGUUUAAAGGUGUUUGUUCCGUAUUUGUUUCUGCAGCUUUUGCUUUUGGUGGUACCGAAUUGGCAGGUUUAGCUGCUGCCGAAACAGAGAAUCCCAGAAAGUCACUUCCAAAGGCCACAAAGCAAGUGUUUUGGAGAAUUACCUUAUUCUACAUUAUUUCCUUAUUAAUUGUUGGGUUAUUAGUUCCAUAUACCGAUAAGAGAUUAGUUUCUGGAACUUCAUCUUCAGACGCCAGAGCAUCCCCAUUCGUGUUGGCAAUUGUCGAUGCAGGUAUCAAAGGCUUACCUUCAGUCAUCAAUACCGUCAUUUUGAUUGCCGUUCUCUCUGUUGGUAACUCGUGCAUUUAUGCCUCCAGUAGAGUUCUUGCAUCUCUUGCAGCUUCGAACCAAGCUCCAAAACUUUUCAACUACAUUGACAAAAAGGGUCGUCCCUUAUUUGGAAUUGUUGUGUCUUGUGUGUUUGGAUUAUUAAGUUUCUUAGUUGCUACUGGUAAGGAUAGUUUAGUCUUUGACUGGAUGUCUGCUAUCUCUGGUCUUAGUUCCUUAUUUACUUGGGGUUCUAUUUGCUUGUGUCAUGUUCGUUUUAGAAGAGCAUUAGCAUCUCAAGGAAGAGGCACUGAUGAGCUUGUUUUCACGGCCCAAGCUGGUGUAUGGGGUUCAUACUAUGGAAUUGGUCUUGUCAUCUUGGUUCUCAUUGCUCAAUUUUGGGUUGCUCUUUUCCCAUUAGGCGGAAAACCAAAUCCUUCUGAUUUCUUUAUGUCAUACAUGUCUUUCCCUAUCAUUUUCCUUACUUAUGCUAUUCAUAAGGUUUGGACUAAGAAUUGGAGAUGGUUCAUUAGAUCCAAAGAUAUUGAUAUUGAUACUGGUAGAAGAGAACUUGAUUUGGAACUUUUGAAGCAAGAACUUGCUGAAGAAAAGGCAAUUAUGGCUACUAAACCAUUUUUCUACAGAUGGUGGGAUUUCUGGUGUUGA